AUGUACACCACCAUUCUAGCCCUCCUCGUCGCCUUCAUGACCAUGGCUUUGACAGCCCCUCUGGCCCGUCUAGACGACCCUUCCAACAGCACCUCAACGAACAUCAUUCCUCGCCUCCUCGACGACAACGAAUGUCCAGCGAACAAGAACCACUACCCCAAUUUUGCAGCGUGGGAACUGGGAGUGAAGCAAUUCUGCGACAAUCAUGGCAACCAAAAGAUUUACUGGGAUAAGCCAGUCACUGUUACCAUCACCUUAUUCGGCCGCGACGGGAAGCAGAUAGAGUGGGUCUACAAAAUCACGGUUGAUAACGGCAAUACUCCAGGCGCUGGCGGCCAACUUCAGUGGAGUUAUUACCCUGGUGCCAAUGUUUGCAAGGAUAAGUUUAUGGGGUUGACAAAGGACAAGGGUGGGGGAGUGGGAAAGGUUUAUUGUAACUGGAAUGACUCGAAAAAGCAUAUCCAUGAUCACUUGAUGUGGGGAGGCAAAUAUGACGAGGUUUUGAACAAGGACUUUUUCGCGACGGUUACAUGGGAGACAAGGGCGAAGAAGGAUCAAAAGGGAUUGUGA